AUGCAGAGCUUCACCUUCGCCCCGCCGACCUUGCCGCCUCGGGAAACCCAGCGCAAUUAUGUCUUCGUCGACGAGCACAACAGGCACAAACGCCUCAAAGUCAUGAGGGCAUGCGAAGGUUGCCGAAGACGCAAGAUCAAAUGCGAUGCCGCCACUACCAAUUCCUGGCCAUGCGCUGCCUGCAUCCGCCUGAAACUGAACUGUGUCCCGCCAACCGUCAGCUAUGAGAAGGAUUCAUAUGCCAACACGCAGACCUUCGAACUCGACACCAAGCCCCUGGAAUAUGCGCCUCCCCUCGACCCCCAUCACCAUUUCCAAAGGCACAGCAUUGCCGCCAUCCCUCAGCCGUUGCAACCCCAGAUGCCUGUGGGCAUGCAGCCUGCCGUCUCCGCCGCCUACGUCGAUGGUAUGCCCGUGUACCAGAAUGCAUCCUAUGCCGACCCUCCCGCCCAGGAGCACCUUCAAUAUCCCUCCGUACCUCAAGGCCCAAUGCUUCAACAGAAUAUGGCCUACCCGAAUCAGCACAUCUACUCCGAAGCCCCAACCGCUGCGCCCGCCGGGAGCAUGAGCCCAAUCGAGAGCGAGGCUACCUGGAGGACCGAAUCCAUGACCACUCUGACCGACGCUCUAGGUGAACUCAAAAUCGAAUAUGAUGCAGUUGCUCCAUACAUUGCGAAUCAGAAGAAAGCGCUCGCGGAAGCUCCGGCUCAGGAGGAAUAUGAAGUGCAGCUGCCUCUCUCGUCUAGCCUAGACCAUACAGUGCGCAUCCCGCCCGAGAUGAUGCCCUCGGACGAGAAAGCACUGCAGUAUUUCGAAUAUUACUUCACCAACAUUCAUCCCUAUUGUCCCGUCAUCAACAAGGCAUACUUCUAUCAACAAUGGCAAACAGCCCGCGCAUCCAUCUCGCCUCUCAUGUUGGAGGCUAUAUUCGCUUGUGCAUGCGUCAUGUUGGAGCCGGCCGAAGGCAACAAAUGGUUGGCCCUCGCAUCCAAGCAUGAGGAAAGCUUCAAAGACGUUUCACGCUUGAGCACCAUGCAAGCCAUGAUUCUGUUGCUCAAGGCGAGGGAAGCAUCACCGAAGCGCGGCUACUUCUGGCGUUCAUGGAUGACGGUAGUGAGCUUGGUGGCAAUGGGGAAAGACCUCGAUUUGCAUGAACACCACGAAACACACCAGAUGGGGAGGCCUUGCGGCUCCUCAGUACAUGACUGCAUCACGAAAACGAGGGUUUGGCACAUGCUCUUCGUCUUGGAGAUCAUGGUUGGCGGUCCACAAGGUCGCCUUGACUUUGGAGUCGGUCUGGACACCGUUGAUUUUGAGAUGCCGCGGCCUACCCCUGCGCUCGAUGCCACCGAGUACCAGAUUUCCCGACAGUUUUCCCAGUACAUACGUAUCAUAAAGAACAUAUACGAGACAUGUAUCCUAUAUGGGAGGCUCAAGAAGAAGACCAACGAUUGGGGCAGGGACCCCACCUUCAUUGCUCACAACAAGGAUUUUCCCGCUUGGCUGCGGGAUCUUCCCGAGGACAUGCAGAUUGUCUAUCCCCCGGACGGAUCGAUACCAUGGAUCCCUUCCCAUUACAUUGCAAACAUGCACACAUAUCACUACUUAGGACACAUUAUGCACCUGCGUCCUCAGCUACACGUCGUAUCCGACCCCAAUGACAGUGCCUGGAAGCAGGCCAUGGCUUCGGCGUACUCGGCAGCGAAGAACAUGUGCAAACUGCAAGAGGCAGUACUGAAGGUCUAUGGUCUGCCCGGACUAUUGUUCAUGCAGAGAGGCAUAUCUUUCACUGUUUACGCAGUGCUCACCUGCAUCAUGCUACACCUGGUCGCGAUAACUAGUCCGGAUCCUGACCUGAAUAACGAUGCUAGGGAGUUCUUUGUACGGCAUAUGCGGAUUCUGGAGCAGUGCACCGGGGUAUUGCCCAUGCCGGAGAUGCAACAACAAGUGAACAAUUUGCGCCAGGCCUUUUCUGCAGAUGUCACGAAGCCCUUCGAAUUGAAGCCGACAUUCCCCUUCGGAAGCCCUCAAGUCACCACCCAGGCCAGCCCUUUGAGCAACGACGGCUCCUACCGAACUCGUCUGCCCAGCCAACCUUCACCGGUGGAUCAACCAGGUCAGGUCAACUACCAUGCACACCCUAUCACUCCACCAAUCUCGGCUUCCGGUCACGAGUCGAAGGCUGACUCUCCCGUAGCUCAGUCUCUGGUCAUGAUGGCUUCCGGUCAAAGGGCUCCCCAACCGGCAAAUAUGCCGAUGCAAGAGCCCGUGCAGUGGAAUCCGCAGAGAAUCUUUGAUCAAUGGAAUGUAGCCUUUGGUACGCCUGCUCCUCUCAGUGCAUCCUCACAAGCAUCCCCGCCUCUAAGACCGCCUCCCGCAGGAAACUAUGAGGUCCGGACGCCUCAGGAACCUAACCAGCCGAAUUACCAGCUACCGACGAUCUCUCCCCAGCCCAACAACCUGCAGGGCGCACAACCGCAGCUUGCACCCGCGACCGGCUACCCGGCACCGAACACAUCCUACGUGACUCCCACCAUGUGGCAAGAAGUCGUUGCAAGCUCGUUCCCAGACAACCUGAAGCGCCGAUGGGACCAGGGGAAUCCGGGAUUGACUGACCAGUCCAUGUACAAGAGGGCGCGCUGA